UGCUAAUUUAUUACUAUAACAGAUUACUGGGAUACAUGUCUGAAAUACCUGUUGGUAAAAUAGUUUAGCCUACUUUUAUGUCCGAGAAUGUUCUAAGAAAUUAAAAAAUCCUGCAUAGCGUCCUCACUGCCAGUUAUCUCCACUACCAGUAGAUGACGCUGUCUGCCUACUUGGAUCUCAGGGCGCAAUGGGGAGGCACCAUUGACUUGAGCAUAACGACCAUAAUUUCGUCAUCAUUUGUAACCAUAGAGCAUGAAUUACCUCUUGAAGUCAUCAGUGAGAAUUUACGACUGGUCAACAAAGGCACGUGAUUCCCGAGCGCUCUCCCAUAUUUGGCCGCAUACCUGGCAAAGUUCAGUAGGCUUCAUUGCUAUAAUUCAUGAUUACAUCAUAAAUCGUGAAGCAGAGGAUUAUAGCGACAAAGAUCUACAAAUCGAGUCUUUAAAAACAACCAAAUGAGCUCUUACUUUGUUAACUCGUUUUCAGGGCGCUAUCCGAAUGGCUCCGACUAUCAGUUAUUAAAUUAUGGGACUAACGGCGCUGUGAACGGUACGUUUAGGGAUUCUGGCACCAUGAACUCCGGGUCUUUCGGCUGCAACUACAAUGGCAUGGACCUAACCGUAAAUCGCACCAACACUGGUAGCCACUUCGGGGCUGUUGGGGAUGAUACCCGUGGUUUCCCGUCCACGGGCACGGACGCCCGGUACAGACAGCCGACCUGCUCGCUCUCGUCUCCACAUCCACACCCCCUGCCUUGCGCCACCCCCGAGUCUUUGGAAAUAAAAAGCCCCUCUCCUCCAUCUGACCGGACCACGACCUCAGGCGGCAAUAAUAAUCUCAACAAAGGCAACAACAGUCAUUUCACAGAGAUAGAGGACACCGCCGUUGUCUCUGAGUCCGAGGAAGGCGCACACACAAGCAGUUCCAGCAGCACGGCUGCCCUGGCGCAACAACCACAGCAGGAGUCCAACGCAACCUCCACGACGUCAAACGAUUGCCAAACGCCACAAAUAUUCCCUUGGAUGCGGAAACUGCACAUUAACCACGAAAUGGCUGGACCAGAUGGGAAAAGGGCCCGAACAGCGUACACCCGCUACCAGACGCUAGAACUGGAGAAAGAAUUUCACUUCAAUAGAUACCUAACCCGGAGGAGGAGAAUAGAGAUAGCCCACACUUUGUGCCUCACGGAACGACAAAUAAAAAUAUGGUUCCAGAAUCGAAGGAUGAAAUGGAAGAAGGACAAUAAACUGAAAAGUAUGAGUCUGGUUACAGGAGGCAGCGCGUUCCACAACUGAGCUCGAACUGCAAGUGAUGAUAAGGGGGAAUCCGGAGUGUAAACUAAAGCGCAGCACCUUUCGGCAUGUUGUGAUUUUAGACGGAAAGAUGUUCUGUGGUCUUAAACAGGCGUUUAGUUUUCCAUUGUGUUAUGGUAGCCUGUAGAACUUAUCUUUGGAAAUAGGGAAAAAAGAAAAAAGACUAAUUGUCGAAGGGUUUAAAGCCAUGUGCUCUGUUUUAUCUCUUGGAGGUUGUCAUGUUUCACGCGAGCUCUUAUGUUGUGUAAACCGUCUAACAGGUGUAACGUGUACAGUAGACUAUGUUUCCACACCAUAUGCUGCUCUUCAUUGAAUGUAAACCUGUAGAUGAUCAUUCAAAGCGCUUUAGUGUACGUUUUAAUGCUGUAUUUAUGCUUGAUUAUCGUGGCCAGAGCCUUAUGUUUUCAAGGAGGUUUAACAAUACAAGUAAAUAUGUUAUGUAGGCUAUACCAAAUGCACAAAUAUAUCAAUUGUAAUUGUUUAGAACUAAGUACUUAUUAUGUUGCAUACUAAUGUGAAUGUAGGCUAUUCAACAUUUCAAUGUGAUCCAUUAGUAGUGGACAAGGAGAGAGUGGUAUUCUGUGGAUUAGCCUAUAAGGCAACAGUGAUGGUAAACAUUUUGCCAAUUAAGCUUUUUGUAUUUGUAUGUGAAUCUAUAGAGCUGGAAAUAAAGUUUCUCUCCAUCGCUUGA